CACCCGGUGGGCGGUCGCGGCGGGCCCGGCUGCGGGGCUAUGGGCGGCGUGCGCUGGGCUUUCCCUUGCGCCGCCUGGCGACCCCGGCGUGAGGAGUGGCUGCUGGCGGCGCGGCUGGUGCAGCCCGAGGAGAAGGAGCGCAUCGGCCGCUUUGUCUAUGCCCGCGAUGCCAAAGCCGCCUUGGCCGGUCGCCUGCUGAUGCGGAAAUUAAUUGCAGAAAAGCUGUGCGUACCUUGGAAUGAAAUACACUUGCAAAGGACAUCAAAAGGAAAACCUUUCCUGGCAAAUAGCGUAUUUAGUGUACGUUCAAAUUACAACUUCAAUGUCUCUCAUCAAGGAGAUUAUGCAGUUCUUGCAGCUGAGCCUGAGCUUCAAGUUGGCAUUGAUAUAAUGAAGACUAAUUUACCAGGUAGUAGCUCAAUUCCAAAUUUCUUUCGUAUCAUGAAGCGACAGUUUACUGAGGCAGAGUGGCAUGUAAUCAAGUCUAUGAAUAAUGAGUGGAUGCAGCUGGAUAUGUUUCAUCGACACUGGGCCCUAAAAGAAAGCUUCUUGAAGGCUAUUGGAGUUGGGAUCGGCUUUAACUUGCAAAGAAUUGAAUUUCAUGUGUCCCCAUUGCAAAUGGAAAUAGGGAAGGUGUAUAAUGAGACCCAGAUGCUGCUGGAUGGAGAAAAAGAGGAAGAGUGGACUUUUGAGGAAACACGGUUAGAUGACUGUCAUCACAUUGCGGUGGCUCUUGGGAAACAAGAAGGAUUUGGACAGCAACAUACUGAUGUAUAUUCCAUGCAACCUCAUCAACCACAGUUUACAUUAUUGACUUUUGAAGAUUUAGUUGCACCUGGCAUUCCAGUUACACCUGAGGAUUCUGCAUACUGGGAUAACUUUUGCUCUAAGCAAGAGAGUCCAAUGAAACAGAUUUCAAAUUGAAGAUGGGAAUGCUUAGAAACAAAAGGUCAUAGGAAUACAUGUAAAUAAGAAUUGUUUUAUUUUAUAUAUUUCCCAUUAAGUCAUCUUAAUUCACCUUUUCAAAAUUGACAUUUUCUGUCAGUAUUUAAGAAGAUAGCAUGUUUCCUUGCUGAAGGAAUUCUGAAUGAAAAGUCUAAGCUGAUCACAUGGAUUUUUGAUUCUCCGUGCCUUUGUUCUCAUACUUUGGUAGCCCUUACUGGUAGCAGGAAGCAGAGUUACAAUAAUGUUGUUGAUCAGUCAGCAAGAGCUUAACACAUAGAAGUGUGUUUCUGUGUUUUAUUUAUACUGGACUUAAAUUAUUGUUUAAUGUUGUCACUUGUCUUAAAAAAAAAAAAAAAAGUUUUAUACUCCAAUGGGAUGAAUAAAGCCAGAGGAAUUGAUUAAAAAAUCCUUUUGCUGCUACAAUAUGGCACAAGUGUUGUACAAGAUUUGAGGUUUAGUUAUGUAAAAGCAAGCUGGAAUAGUCCGAGUUCUGGUACUCUUGGAACUAGACAUGUGUAAAAUUAGAUUGAGGCAGGAAUUUAACAUAAAAGUAUUCCAUAUCCUUUUCACUUAAAACCUUUGUUGAUUAAAACUUUUUGUAUCUAAUAGAAGUUUUGAUUUUUAACUUCAUUUUUGUGUUGUGGUUUUUUUCACUCUGAGUAAUAGAUGUUUGCCAAACAGCAGUUCUGUUUCCCCGGGCUUGCGCUUACAGCUUUACAAUCCUAGACACUUUAGUCAUGUGGAGAAAACAAAACAAAAAAUGCCUUUUUUUUUUUUUUUUUUUUUACAGAUAUUGUUUCAUCACCUCAAGACAAAAUAUUUUAUUAUGUUAUAGUAAACUGAAAUUUCUGGAGAAGAUCUGUAGAUCUUGAGUAUAGUUUUAGAAUAUUUCAUAUUAAUUUCCAAGAUAAAUUCAGUGUUGUAACAUUGCUCUUUUUCUUCUUUCAAGUCAUGGAUACAUUGUAGUCUUCCUAAAUGUAGGAAGACAUACCAAAGAGAUUGAUUGAGUCCUACUCAAUAGAACAAUUUUCAUAGCUCUGAAGUGUUUAUUUCUGUCAGUUAAACAUAACUCUGCUGUGAAUUUAGAUUUGUGCAAAACUUGGCUGCUGUAUUCUGACUAAAAGAGAAUCUGUUUGUUGUAAAACCAUGUGAUAUUACAAAGAUGAAUACAAAAUUUAGAGAAGGAUGUGAGCUUUUAAGAUUUAGCUGUAGAUAAUCCCAAAUUCAGAUAUGCUGUUAAACUUUUCUACUUCUGCUAGUUUGGGUUAAUAAUUUUGUAUCCAUUUUAAUGACUCUCUCAUCUUGCAUGCUAAUCAUGGGGUGUGUGUGUGUGUGUGUGUGUGUGUGUUUUUCCUAUAGAACCACUAAUCAUUGAUAGCAGUGUAUUUUCUCUCCAGACUCCAGAGAGGUUAAAUUAGAUGUUCAGCAACUUCAAAUCUGAAGUUAACAGAGAUGUAGAAUCAUUUUUAUAUGUAGAAUAAUUAUAAGUCAGACAUUCCAGACUGGAUUCAGAAAUGAAAUACAACUUGCACUAAAUAACUGGAAUUCAACAGAUAUCAGAACAGGCUGUUCAGAGGGUAUGUACCCACAUCGUUUACUGGUAUAGGAUAUUUUUGACUGCUUUAGUUGACUUAAGUUCAUUCUGUCCUAUCUGAAGUGUUCUAUAAUCUAGAUGGGCAAGCAUGUAAAGGUGUUUAAGAGCCGAGAUAACCAGAUGUGUUGCCAAGCUGAAAGAAUGGAGAUAUCCUGCCAGUGGUUUUGGAAGCCUGCAGAAGGAGGAGGCCUGUUUGGAAUAAGAGGGUAGGGGAAAGGACUAAGCUUCAUGACUGCCUGUUUGUUACUGCUCCACUUCGUGCCAGUCCUCACCAGUCACUGACCAUCGGUUGCAGCUGUACAAGACAGUCUAAAUUACCAUCUUGUUGCUAGAGUUCUAGACAGAAUCAUCUAUGAGGUUGCAGUUCUUCACAGUAUAUUUUUGCCACGUGUUUCAUCUACACUGAGUACUUGAAAUCUCUUCUCUUUUAACCUUACGUAGGUUAAGAUUAGGUGAUGAUAAUAACUUGUGAAGAGCCAUUUAGGUCAGGUUGCUUUGUGUCAAUGCAAACUGACAGUUUUUACACUUGUAUUUAGCAAUGUGGAAAAGAGCAGCUGUGUAGGCAUGGAAUUUACCCACAUGCUGCUAAGAGACCAGCUAGAUGCUCUGACAUCAGAAUGUUUUUCUGGACAUCUGUCUGUCACAAAAGCACGUAUUAAAGUAAGUGUAAGUAUUAUGUGCAAAUAGAGCAGUGAAAUUAUAUUAAUUUAAAAUUAUUGGGGUUUCAACAUCACGUUUCCCAUUAUAUGAAAACUGAGCCCCGUGUACAUAUGUGAUCAUAACACUGUCUUCCUUGUGUUUCCUCAGAGUACAGUUCUUAAUGCCCAGAGAGUAUGCAUGCUGUUUUUAGAAAUACUGGUCCAGCACAGCUCUAACUUACCUCACUACUUCAGAGUGUUUUCCCCAGUCCAGUGCAGAUAAGAUGACCUUUACUAGUCUCCAUCACUGUUCUGUCUGCAAGAAAUUUCCCACUUACAUCCAGAAAUUCUCAGGCUUUCAGAUUCCUUCUCCAGAGCUCCCUUCCCUAAUCACUUGUUUCAUCCACGCUGCCCUAAAGAUGACCACGUAACUUGGAGACUGAAACGUAAGAAGUAGUAAAAACAGGCUCUGCUCAGCAUGAGCCCUUCCCAGAAGAUGCUGUGGCUGGGUUGUCUUUUCUUCUAUGGAACAGGAUUGACCAGGCUCCCUGCAGAAGCAGAGGUUUAAAUCUUCAAUCAUAAACUGCCCUAGACUGCAGUUCAGCCCUGUGCUUCUGAGUACCUAUUAACAGUCUCUGACCAAUAAAUAAUUUAACAAAUAAAUAUGUAAAAGUCCUUUUAGGCUCAUCUAUGUCAAACAAGCAAAGUAAUUGAGAUUGUGUUGUUAUAAGUAACUUUGUGUGUAAGGACUCAGACCUCCCCCAUUAUCUGUGUGGUGCUCCCUCAUCUUCUGUCCCCCAUGUGCUUAUCCACAUGGAGAACUUCGACCGUUGCCGUAUGCUCAGCACAAAACAUGGCUGUUCAAUUUGAUCUUUCAGUUUUGCUGUUUAAUGAACAGAUUGUCAAAAGCAGAUGAAUGUGUUUAGCUUGGACAUAGUACUAUCUUUGAAAUCUUCAUGCAUCUUGCUUAAACAGUGUUGGAGUGGAAUAGGAACUUCAAGCGUCAAAACUUCAAGACAAAUUGCAGUUAUGUGACAAGAGACUGGUGUCAUUUGAUGUGAAAAUAUGUAGUUUUGAAAAGUGGAUUAUAUGAAUUCAUUCAGGCUUUCACAAAGUCUGUAAACCUAUGCAAAAUAUAUCUUGUUAUUAUAUUAUGGAAUCAAAUGCACUGAUGCUAAUCAAAUGUUCUGGGUCUUAGGCAAGAAAUGGUAGGUGUAUCAGCAGAGGUAGUAUAAAUAUGAUUGUAAUUUAUAGGUAGCACCCAGGCAGCAAUUCACCUCAGUCAUCUUUACCUUAACAAUUGCAAUAAAAACAUGAUGCGAAAAGAAAAGCAGGCUAGGAAGGAAAGGUAGCUCUUCAAGUGAGCAGAGAGAUGGGGUUUUUUGGAGCUUAACAAGACCGUAGAUCUACAUUCAACAAAGAUGAUGAGCAGUGUCUGCUCAGUAUUGAUAGAACCAAGUUUAAAACAGUGAUUCAGACCUUCCUCCUUAACUGCUGUCUAAAUCUACCAGUGUCUGGACGUGGUGAUUUCCUGUAUUUGUGAUUCUGAGCAUGUUUAACCAGAGUACAGAUAUUUGAGAUUGCUGUACUCUGUAUAGAAAAUGUAGGUACGAAAACAGACUGAAUUCUUCACAAGAGAGCUAAUGUUUUAUUAUUUUUUAAAAUGGUUUUUGUAAUAUGGUAUCCUUGUGCUGUAGCUACAGUUUUGUGGGUUUUUUUACAGCUAGAUGCAAAGGAUGACUCCUGUUUCUACUAAAAUGGAGUUUAAUUUCUUUAUCACAAUAAAAAGUGCAUUAUUUUAUGGUUUUGUUCUUAUUUUGUGUUAACUCUUUAUGGCUCUGCUUUUCUGAGAUUUUUCUCUCUCACUGUUUAGAUAUAGGCAUAGAUAGUAUUACCGAAACAUUUGUCUCUUAUUAUUUCUGAAAGAAUUUAGGAGAACAGAAAACUGUAUGCUCGUAGAGAUAUCCUUUAGUUAUGAAAUGAAGGUCUGGACCAACUGCCUGUUCUGUGGCAUGCUUAGAAGACGAGGUGUGCUCAAGUCUUUCUUUCAGGACAAAGAAACUCCCUGCAUUAUUCCUGCAAUUUUAAUUUAAUAAAGUGCAACCUAGUUUCUUGACACAAACUAUGUUAUUGUGUUCUACAUUAGAGAAAAUACUUCAUUCUUUGGACUAAACUGCAAAAAUAGUGUGAUAUUUAAGACAUGUCCAAAGAUAGAUACACAUUUUUAUAUGUGAGAGGCUACAGUGUAGUGUAGUGGUUCUUAUUAGUACAUGCAAGGAAGUUUCUAAAGAAUUUUGAAGCAAUGUUGUGGAACAGAAAGGUUCUUCAUGUUGUAGUAAGACCUUGUUCUCUCUCCCACACACACACGCAUGAAAAAUCUUGGAAAAUUAUUUUGGCUUUACAGAUGUAAAGAGAAGAUAAUGCAUGUUUUUAGACAUAACAGCACCAUCCUGUUUCCUUAUGUGUCGUCUGGGCUUGUGCUGUGUCCUUGGUGCCAUGGCCCCUCUGACACACCUGGCUGAGGGACCUUUUGCUGCAACAGCUUUUAAUCAGCUGCUCCCAGUGCAGGAAGUUCUUGCUGGCAAAGACGUGCCCCAGAGCUGACAAGCAAAUAUUCUGGUGUCAUUACCAGAAAGUGUUCCGGUAUCCCCCCAGUAAAUUAAUGGAAAAGUUAAGUAAAACAAUUAUAUGUGAAGACUGUAAAUGAUGAGGGAAAAUGAAUGUGAAAGACAAGGUGAAAGUGUAGUAAUGCUAGCUUUUAACUCAUGAAAAGAAGUUUUUAUUUCUGUUUUGCUCCAGAUUCUCAAAGCAGCUGAAAUUAUUUCAAUCAGUUUUUCUGUCAAUCAGUAAUAUAAAUAUUUGUGUGACUUUUUUUUUUUUUGUCUUUCCCAUCAAGGUUAAAUAGUAGGAUUCAUCUUUAACACUUCAGAAGUUCCUGUUAAGAUUUUAAAACUAGUGCCUUUCUGUUGUCACAGUAGCUUAAGGCUUCCAGCCUUGGUUCAGUGUUCUAAAAAAUUGCUUUCCUUUAAUCUUGCAAUAGGUGGAAUUUCACUCCAGUGACCAGUCACAUCCAGUUUAUCCAGGGAAAUCUCUGAUAACGGACAGAAAGCAGAAACUUGGGCUGCCCUUGAAUUCACAUAUAGGUUAACCACUCUCCCCUUUUUCUGUCCAAGUCUGUGUGUCCAGGAUCUUCUUAGCCGCCCAGGUAGGGUGUGCUUCUUCCCUUUCCCUUGGGACAGCAGCGCUAAGGGAUGAUAGAGGCCGGGGUCACACAGCAUGUCUGAGAUGUCCUCACACAAAUACAAAGACAGAGCUCUGUCACCUGCACAACACAGCAGUGCUUCUGGUGUUCACUGGGAACCUCCUGUGUGCCAGUUUGUGCCCACUGCCUCUUAUUUGAAAUUUAUGCAGGUGUGCAUAUCCUCCUUAUAGCCUUGCAUCCUAGCAGUCAGAUAAAGUGAAAUGUAUAAUUCUUUGCCUUUUAGAGGGAGGUGUAAACAAGAAAGAGUUUUUUUUUUUUUUUUCUUUUUAACUCUGUCCCUAAGGCAGAGUAAAUUAGGAUCUCUGCAAUUUAAUUUGGGAAAAUGCAACUACACAGAUAUGUGGCAGCUAACAGUUUGACCUAGUGUACUAAAUUGAGACUGGGACUCGAAUCGUAACCAUAUAUUUGCUGAUGUCUUUAUUACUGAGAAAACCUUAUUUUGGUCAGUAGGAAAUUGAUCCGAGUACUGAUCUGCAUCAUAAGCUUCAUGGGAUUGGCAUGUUUUGGAAAAGUGCUAAAGAAAUGCAUUUAAACCUCAGGUGGGAGAAGGACCUCGGAUUACUUUAGUCACUAUGACUACAACAAAAAUUGCUAGGCAGUAUAGCUUUAGAUCAAUUUCACAGAAGGUACUGAAGUUUUUCAAAGCCAUUAUGAGUUUCUAAAAUAUUUGAAACAUUUUGCAAAAUUACACAAUUAAAGGUAAUGCCUUCCUUGUUUAGACUUGCUCAAAAGAAAUAUUAAAGAGAAUGCUAAUCUUCUGGCAGCAUUAGGAAGCUGAAUUUCCCAGCAGUGCUUUAAGUGGCAGGGCAUUUCACCAAAUUAUGGCUGUCGCUAGACAUCCUGAGUUGGCCAUCUGUAGCUAAUUAAAUCUCUUCAAUCCUUCCACUGCUUCUGCCCCAUGAAUUUGCUGACGGCCACUCUCAUCAAUGUUUGCAAUUUUUGCCGCAGUACCAAAAGUAUCAUUGGUUGUGAUUUUGAGGUAUAGUACCUAAUAAGCAGUGCAGAAGGGGCUGGGAAGUGCGAAAAGACAAACGAAAAUAUAAGUGAUCUUUAUAAAUACAGUAAUAGGCUUCAUAUAUCUUUACAUGGUACAUAUUGGAUGCUGUGUAUGUAAUGUAUUACAGCAAUGUUAUAUGUUGCUUACAAUGUUCUAUGAGAAUUUUAUAAAUGUAUAACAUAUAUACAUUUAGAGUUUUAUAUAUACGUACAAAUAUACGUACAUAUCAUAUUAGAGUAUCUUAUCUUUGACUUAAAAAUAAGUCUGCAUUUCUCCCUGCAGUUUGGAUAAACAUAAGUACCUAUAUGUAGUUUGAAAAAAAAGCGUUCAGUAUUUUUCAUCAUAAGAGUAGUGUUUGAUAUAUUGAAAUAACUACUUAGGAAGAUUUCUUUGAGUUUGCCUUUGAAACAGGUACGCAGGCAAAAAUCUGGAACUACGAGCUUAAGAAUGUUUUCCCUUGAAGUGGAUAUCUGUAUUUUGUCAGCUUCAGCAGCAGAUUUCCUGCAACUUACCACAGCUGCCAUCAGGUGAGUGGAUGCUCGCUCAGCCCAUGUGUCAGCUGAUUGCACACUGUACUCCUCCUCCUCGCUGAGAGCUUUUGUGACAGGUGAAGAGAGCUACUUGUUCAAUGGGGUCACUGGUCUCUUUGUAGGAGAAAUGGAAUUUUCCUGCAUGUCUUCAGUUCCAAUGCUGUAUACUGAAUACAGUAAUAGUCUCAGUGAGCAGUGUUUACUAGCUGCAUAAAAGUAUUUUGUUAGCCUUGUGACUGUUACGUGAUUACAAUUAAUUAGCUACCUGUAGAACACUAUGAAAUGUAUUGGAUUAAUUUUGUUCGGUACAAAGUGAAGGUUGUACUUCAGCUGUGUGCUUGGUUCUGCCCUAAUUAAAAUUCUCAUGCGAAUGAAAGCAAUGUCUUACACAGAGACUGAUAUUUCUGAUAUCAUAGUUUCAGCCUAAUUGCUUAUUAUGAUGUUUAAAUGAUUGGCCUUGUUAAUUUAACAUGUUUUCCCUAAAGUGCGAUGGAAUAUGUAUUUGCAUUUGAAUUGCGGCAGUCAGACAGCUCUCGCCUGCAGAAAUGACUGCUGUUUCCCAUUCACCUUUCAAGAUGAAAAGCAGCAGUAGCAAACUGCUCACCGCAGUGGGAGUACAUUGGUUUCAGUUGGCUUGGUGGAGUCAGAUGUGCUGGAUAUGGACUAUGUAGCAUCGGUCAUGGAAGUGCAUUUAUAAAAUCUUCUGGGUCUUUGGUGAAGAGAGGGAAGAAAGUAAUGUCAGAUGUAGGCUGCUGAAGUAGUGAAGAAAUCUUGUAUGUGUCAGGAAUUUAUAUAUGUAUAUAUAUCUGAUUUGGGAACUUCUGAAACAAUGAGAUUGAUAGAAUUGACAGUGUUUUUUUGGUUUCAUUUUGUGGCAUGACAGCAGAAUUGACUGAAUUCUCAACUUUGUACAAACAGCUUUUAAAAGCAAAAUAAAAAUGCAACUGCAUUUAAA